GAGAAAACAAUUUUAUAUUUUUCAUGGAAAAUAGAUCGGCAGUGAAAUCAUAAAAUUAAAUAUAAUUUUCCUUUUAUCUAACCUCUAGGUGCAUACAUAUAUAAAUUGUCUAAUUCGUAAAUAGGUGGCUAAACAAGCAGUGUUAAAACGACUCCCAAUUAUUUUUUAAUUCGAAAUCUCACAAUUUAUUUCCAAACAAAACACAAAGUGCUGAAAUGUGUCGCUAAAAAGCUAAAAUAAAAGAAAGGGGGCAAUGAACAAAGAAGUACACUACGAAGGCUGGUUGAUAAAAUCACCACCAACCAAAAGGAUAUGGAGAGCUCGCUGGAGACGACGGUGGUUCACUUUGAAACAAGGUGAAAUUCCUGAGCAAUUCUGCCUGGAAUACUACACUGACCGAAACUGUCGUAAACUGAAAGGUGUCAUAGAUUUGGAUCAAUGUGAGCAAGUAGACUGUGGUCUGCGAUUGGAAAAUCGAAAACAAAAGUUUCAGUACAUGUUCGAUAUAAAAACUCCUCGAAGAACUUAUUAUCUAGCUGCUGACACGGAGGCCGAUAUGCGUGAUUGGGUGAAUUGCAUUUGUCAAGUGUGCCACUUGCAUGAUACAAAACAGUCGAAUGAGUUGCAAGAUGAAAAAAUACAUAUCGCAAAGAGUCUGACAACAACAACGGAACAACAGUUUGUGCCAUCGAAUGAAACGACGACAAGUACAACUGUCAACACUUCGGGUUCCCAUCACGAAACCUCCAUGACAAAACAAUCUCCGAUGAGUUCCGAUUGCUUGAGACAAUCGGUUAUUAGCAGUGCAUCGCAAUCGGGCAACGAUUGUUCGUAUGUCAAUACCGAUUAUACCAAUAGGGAGACUAUGGUGUGCGGCAGCGGUAGCGGCAACCAACCGUUGUACGUUAAAAAAUCGUUAUCAUCAUCAAAUCAAGGAGCACAGAGCAGCACUUCAAAGUCCACCACACCUGCAUGGAAAACAACUUCAGAUUCUUCAUCGCGUUUGGCAGUAAGUUCGCAAGGAGUUGUUCGAAAAAUUCCCGAGAAUCUUGUGCUGAGUGCUACAACUUUAGUCGAAGGCAAUGUUGAGCCUUCGCCAGCAUUGAGUACGUCUUCGGGGCCUUACAUUCCAAUAAGUGAAUGCUUUUCGGGAAGUCCAAAAUUUUUGACCGAUGGUGGAAAUCCUUCAACUCCACUCAACAAUUUGGAUCCGAAGUUUUAUGAUACCCCUCGAAGUCAUAAUAAUAUCGGUUUGAAUUUGACCAACGAUCAAUCAUAUUCCCCCAAAAUCACUAACUGUGGAUUGCAAACGACGACCUCAACUAAAGCACGAAGUGGCCGUUCCAGUCCAACAGAUUCGGAAAGUGUUUUUACCGACGACGAUGAAUGGACGCAUCCUUUACCGCUUAGAGAAAAUGUUGAUCGUAGCACACGUCCUUCGGAUAGUUCCGUUGAGAAUGAAUCAUUUGUCUUUACGUAUUCUCAAAGAUUCUCGAAAUUCCCUGGAGAUAAUAAAGAUGAAGAGAGCUUAGAGCAAGCAGCCGAAAAUAUGUCAAAAGUAGCUAAACGUAAAAGUAAUUUAGUACUCGAUAUAACGAACGAACAUGAGAAAGUAUUAAGAGAAAUGCCUCAAUUUUCGGACACGGAAAACACUUCGCCUGCCAUCGGUCCUCGAGAUGCAUCAUCGUGCGUGGAAGAGAGUUAUGAUAUUCCACGUUCACACAAUUUGCCUUAUUACAACAUGAGUCAAUUAUUCGACAAAGUAAACAGCCCCGAAAACCCAGUUGCGGCAUCUACACCGAAUCUUUUACUUGACGCAGAACCGCUGUCAGCAACAAGUUCAAAUCGCACAUUACCCCGACCGCAUUGCUACACAAAUGCAGCACCAACUAAAAUGGAAGGAAAUGUCUUUCGCUAUGAUUUUAUUGAUCAGUCUGCUUUGCCUCCAGUUAAUCGAAAGUUGAAACCGAAAGUGAGUCUAGAGGAUAGGCCUCCGGAAGAACUGGCAGCGAAGCCGCCUCUGCAAAACAACGGACAAGAUACGUUAACGAAGCUGACAAAAAAGGUGAUGUCUACAACAAUCCAUAACAGUGGAGAGAGUUCUCCGCUGCGCCCACCACCAUCGGUCGACAGAAAAUCCAAACCAAAUGCAUUUAAGGCACAUGGUUUCUCUUCAUCUGGUUGCACCACAAGAAGAUCGGGUAUUCCAACAUCAAUGGUUCUACAAAACGAUGGCGAUACCUACGUCAUGGAAACUCGAACAUUGCCCCGUCAGCCAAGAGGUCAUAUAUCUAGUGUUUACAGCAACACAAUAAACCGAGCAAUGUCGCUCAGCAAAGCAACUCCACCAACACCGCAAAAGAACGAACAUAAACUGCAGUAUUUCGACCUGGACGUUUCCAAUCCACCAGCAAUGAAUCGUGCUAGCAUGAGUACUAGCAAUCUAAUGGCAGCAGGAUCAAAGAUCGGACUAUCCGCUGAUCCAUCUGCAAGAGUUCCAGUUAAAAGCAGUGUGGUCUAUAAUUCAGUUGAUUUUGUUAAAACGGAUGCAUUUAAGAAAAUUCGAGAAGAACGAAAAAUGGGCAUUAAUAAGUAACGACUGCCUUUAAUAACAAAUAAAUAAAUUAACAUAAACGCAUAUUAGAUCAAUUUCCAAUUUGUUAUUGCACAACAAAAAAGUCCCAAAAUCAAAAGUACAUUAAGGUUUUAUUUAAAUCGCUUCGAAUCGAGUGAUUUCAACUGAGACGAAAAUUCCAAAAAAUUGAAUUUGUUUUUAAUCGAAUAUUUAUUAUUCGUCUAAUGAUUGGAGGCACCAGCACAAGAAAAAGAACCUAAAUGUACCCUUUUAUCAGCAUAAACAUACAUAUAUAUAUAAAUAUAAUUAUUCCCAAGUAAUAAUCAAAACCAGUAGACUUUUACACUUUUUAUUAAUAUUCUAUUGCACACCUUUUUGUAUUAUAAAAUUAUAAACAUUAAUAUUUGUCAUAAAGAAAGUAUCGCAUUAAAUCCGAUUUUGUAAGAAAUUAAGUACAAAAUAAUCGAUAAAAAACAAAACGAACCCAUAUCAUGUUUUGGAAGCGUUAAACGUUUGUUUCAUAUACAUAUACAUACAUAAUAAUAUUAAUCGAGAAAAGUAAUUUUUUGUUUUCAUUUUAUGAUACAAAUUUAAUCAAGAUAUCAUUAAAUUAAAUUGUUUUAUUUAUCUAGACAGUGAUUCCAACUUCUUUGUAUUUUACUAAAUAAAUAAAAAAAACUGAUAUCACAUUCAAAA